UCUCUUAUGGUUCCAGUGCUGUUUCAAAAGAUCGUUGUCAUUUUUGCACUUUCAUCACUUUUUUACAUGAUUUUCUGAAAAAUGGUUUGAUACAUAUCUUUACAAUAAAACGUCCAGGAAAUUUGACCAUUGUCCAGAUUAAAUUUGUUUUUGAAGUUCUUGAUCGAUCCGUGUUUCACCGUCAGUGUUGCAGAAGUUGCCAGUCUUUGAGGACAACCCGCCUCUAGGAGGUGAUAUAAAUGAUGUACAAAAUACUGACACGUAAAUCACAGUCGUGAAGAUGCGAGACUCAAGUCGAGUCGCGUGUUCUUCCAUGCCAGCCUAGCAGAGGAAUCAGCGCGGCCCGGCGACGAUGCAAAAUAAUUCCAAAGAAAUGUUCAUCAUUAGAGCUUUGGAAAAGAUCCUGGCUGACCGGGAUGUCAAACGGUCGCACCUUUCACAACUUAGGAAGUCCUGCGAGACUGCACUUGACAACUUGCGAAAUGAAAUCAAAGAAGGUUCUAAUGCACAAGUGUCGACUGCCUUGCCACAACCACGCAGCGAUUCCUAUGUCAUCUCUGCAGAAAAGUAUUUUUUGCCAUUCGAACUGGCUUGCCAGAGCAAAUCACCAAGAAUAGUAGUUACUGCUUUGGACUGUCUACAGAAAUUGAUUGCUUAUGGACACCUAACUGGAAAUGUACCUGAUUCCACAGAGCCAAAUAAGCUAUUGAUUGUACGUAUUGUUGAAACAAUUUGUGGAUGUUUCAUGGGGCCACAAACUGAUGAGGGAGUUCAGUUGCAAAUUAUAAAAGCACUUCUCACAGUAAUGACCAGUCAACAUGUUGAAGUUCAUGAAGGCACUGUAUUACUUACAAUACGUACAGUUUAUAGCGUUUACUUGGCAUCAAGGAACUUGGUUAAUCAAACCACAGCUCGUGCAACUCUUACACAAAUGAUCAAUGUUAUUUUUGCUCGCAUGGAAACACAAGCGGAAGAAGAAAAUGUUAGAACAGAAGUGGAACAUUCAGGAAUAACUGUCAACACAGCUGGCAGUACAUCUGGAGGAGAAUUAGAAACAGAGACAGUAAAUAAUGAAGAACAUUCAACAGAAAGCAGUCAGGAACCACAGUUAAUUGUUCGAGGAAUUUUAGAGGAUGUUGUGAAUUCAGUGGUUCCAGAGGAUCCAACAAUUGCUGUUACAGUAACUUCAGAGGAGGCUAGUUUAGAUCAAGUGCCUAUGGACGAAAACUCCGACGAAGCUGUCGCAGAAAGCGACAAUAUGGUCAGGGCAAAAUUCACUCAUGUCUUGCAAAAGGAUGCAUUCCUGGUGUUUAGAGCACUCUGCAAACUGUCCAUGAAACCACUUCCGGAUGGCACUCCAGAUCCUAAGUCACAUCAACUUAGGUCAAAAAUUCUUUCGCUGCAGUUGCUUCUAGGUAUACUGCAAAACGCGGGACCAGUAUUACGAUCGAAUGAAAUGUUUGUAAUAGCCAUAAAGCAAUAUCUUUGUGUGGCACUCUCAAAGAACGGAGUCUCCUCAGUGCCGGAGGUGUUCGAGCUUUCCCUGGCGCUCUUCCUCGCGUUGUUGGCUCGCUUCAAAAUGCACCUAAAAAUGCAGAUAGAAGUUUUCUUCAAGGAAAUUUUUAUGAACAUUCUUGAAACUUCUAGCAGUUCAUUUGAGCACAAGUGGAUGGUGAUCCAUGCGUUGACUCGAAUUUGUGCGGAUGCACAGAGUGUGGUUGACAUAUAUGUGAAUUACGACUGCGAUCUUUCCGCUGCAAAUUUAUUUGAAAGGCUUGUAAAUGAUUUAUCGAAAAUUGCACAGGGUAGGCAAGCACUAGAAUUGGGUGCCUCGCCUAAUCAAGAGAAAUCAAUGCGUAUCAGAGGCCUCGAGUGUUUAGUAUCAAUCUUGAAAUGUAUGGUCGAAUGGAGCAGAGACCUGUACGUAAAUCCAAGCGUUCCAGCGGAUCAACAGCUUCCAUCGGAACCACCUGAUCCUCCAGUAGAACCGCCACUACCUCGUUAUGGAAGUGCAGGCAGUCUAUCCUCUGCGAAUUCCAGUUUAGUGGGCAACAAGGAGAUACCAGAUUCACCGGAACAGUACGAGGUGCAGAAACAGCAGAAAGAAGUGUGGGAGACUGGAAUUGAUAUUUUUAAUCGAAAGCCAAGCAAAGGAGUACAAUAUCUUCAAGAACAAGGUCUUCUAGGUAAUUCGUCCGAAGAUGUUGCACGCUGGCUUCAUAUGGACGAACGACUCGAUAAGACCGCGAUCGGCGAUUUUCUCGGUGAUCAUAAUCACAAUCAGGUGAUGUACAGUUAUAUUGAUCAAAUGAACUUUGCCGAUCGCGAUUUAGUUACAGCCCUGAGAUACUUUCUUGAGGGCUUCAGGCUGCCGGGAGAGGCGCAGAAAAUCGAUCGGUUGAUGGAGAAAUUUGCCAGCAGAUACUGUGAAUGCAAUCCAAAUAAUGGAUUAUUUACGAGUGCAGACACUGCAUAUGUUCUGGGUUUCUCUAUCAUUAUGCUAACCACUGAUCUCCAUUCGCCUCAAGUAAAAAACAAAAUGACAAAAGAACAAUAUAUAAAACUCAAUCGACGUAUCAGUGAUAACGAAGAUCUGCCCGAGGAAUAUUUAUCGAAAAUUUAUGACGAGAUUGCGGGUAACGAAAUUAAAAUGAAGUCGAACCCUAAUCGACCUGGUAAACAAGUUAUCUCUAGUGAAAAGAAACGGCGUCUUUUAUGGAAUAUGGAAAUGGAAGUAAUCUCAACCGCAGCGAAAAAUUUGAUGGAAUCCGUCAGUCACGUUCAAGCGCCAUUCACAACCGCCAAACAUUUAGAGCACGUUAGACCAAUGUUCAAGAUUGCAUGGACUCCAUUUUUAGCUGCAUUCAGCGUUGGCCUUCAAGACUGUGACGACCCAGAAAUCGCUUCUCUUUGCCUAGAUGGCAUUAGAUGUGCAAUACGCAUCGCUUGCAUAUUUCAUAUGACGUUAGAACGGGACGCAUACGUGCAAGCGUUAGCACGAUUCACUUUAUUAACAGCGAAUUCACCGAUCACCGAAAUGAAGGCGAAGAAUAUUGAUACCAUAAAAACAUUGAUCACCGUCGCACAUACUGAUGGCAAUUACCUUGGCAGCUCCUGGUUAGAUGUUGUCAAAUGUAUUUCACAACUCGAGCUUGCACAACUUAUUGGUACUGGAGUUAGACCACAACUUCUGGGUCCGCCAUCUAAACCACAUUUUCCAUCGCCAUUGGUGAAUUUCAAUCUAACUCACAACAAUUCUCAUCAAAAUAAUAGUUUAAAUCUCAGUUCGUUGGAUCCAAGCGUAAAGGAAUCUAUAGGAGAAACUAGCUCCCAGAGCGUAGUUGUGGCCGUCGACAGAAUAUUCACUGGAUCCACCAGAUUGGACGGAGAUGCAAUUGUAGAAUUUGUGAAAGCUCUUUGCCAAGUCUCUCUAGAAGAACUGUCUCAUCCAACACAGCCACGAAUGUUUUCUCUCACUAAAAUUGUGGAGAUCUCCUACUAUAACAUGGGUCGUAUUAGGCUCCAGUGGUCCAGAAUUUGGCAGGUGAUAGGAGAUCACUUCGACAGAGUUGGCUGUAGUCCUCGCCAGGACAUCGCCUUCUUCGCGGUCGAUUCGUUAAGGCAACUUGCAACUAAGUUCAUCGAGAAAGGCGAAUUCGCCAAUUUCCGGUUUCAAAAAGAUUUCCUCAGACCGUUUGAGCAUAUCAUGAAAAAGAACAGGUCACCAGUUAUUAGAGACAUGGUCGUUCGUUGCGUCGCGCAAAUUGUACACUCGCAGGCACCCAAUAUUCGGUCAGGAUGGAAAAAUAUAUUCAGUGUGUUUCAUCAUGCAGCCAGUGACAGAGACGAAGCUGUUGUUGAAUUGGCAUUUUCAAUGACAGGCAAAAUUAUAAAUGAAUUGUACGCCGAAGAUUUUAGUAUCAUGGUGGAUUCCUUCCAAGACGCCGUCAAGUGCCUCAGUGAAUUCGCUUGCAACGCCUCUUUCCCAGAAACAAGCAUGGAAGCCAUAAGAUUGAUACGUUCUUGUGCCUCAUACAUUGAUGCUAAUCCAAAUCUAUUUGCAGAAGGCAUGAUGGAUGAUAGCGGAAUGGUGUCUGAGGAAGACAGAGCUUGGGUGAGAGGCUGGUUCCCAUUGUUGUUCGAGCUAUCAUGUAUCGUGAGCAGAUGUAAAUUGGAUGUUCGAACAAGAGCACUAACUGUGUUGUUCGACGUUGUUAAAACACACGGGGCAUCUUUUAAACCUCACUGGUGGAAGGAUCUGUUUCAAGUUCUCUUCAGGAUCUUUGAUAAUAUGAAACUGCCUGAACAGCAUACAGAAAAAGCAGAAUGGAUGACGACCACUUGCAACCACGCCUUGUACGCCAUAGUGGAUGUGUUCUCCCAGUUCUACGAUACCCUAGGGCCUCUUCUUUUGGAGCAACUAUAUUCUCAGUUACUGUGGUGCGUGCAACAAGAUAACGAACAGUUGGCAAGAUCCGGUACGAAUUGCUUGGAGAAUCUGGUGAUCAGUAACGGGAUUAAAUUUGACGAGCAAACUUGGGAGAAGACCUGCAGCUGCGUUCUCGAUAUCUUCGAGAGUACCUUACCAUCCGCUCUUCUUACAUGGAAACCCCUAUCACCUAACAAAGAGUCUGAUCUGGACGUGAUCACAGGCGAGACUGAUAACCACGUUGGCAUUCUAAAGAGGAGCAACAGUUCUCAAAGCCUAUCGACCAACGAGUCCGGGAAGAACAAGCUAUUUUACGCGUUGUCAAUAAAAUGUGUUGUACAGCUGGAGCUGAUCCAAACAAUAGACAAUAUCGUAUUCUAUCCAGCAACGUCGAGGAAGGAGGAUCAAGAAAACCUGGCACUGGCGCAAGCGGACAUGUUCAAUGGUAAAUCCUCAGAAUUAGGUGUCAGGGCAGGUGCGGAUCAGCAGAAAGAAGAACAAGGCAUGUAUUGUGCCCUGACAACGAUGCACCUGUUGCAGCUAGUCGAGUGUCUGUUGAAAUCUCAUCGAUUCGCCAAGAGUUUCAAUUCCAACCACGAACAACGUAACGUGCUCUGGAAAGCUGGCUUCCGGGGCAACGUGAAACCAAAUUUACUUAAACAAGAGACUCAGUCGUUGGCAUGCGCGUUACGAAUACUCUUCAAAAUGUACAGCGACGAAGCUCACAGGGCUGAUUGGAGUAAAGUGGAGUCUAGGUUAGUCGAGGUGGCUUGUGAAGCGCUGGAAUAUUUCCUUGCGCUUUCCAAUGAGGCUCAUAGAGACGCCUGGACUCCUAUCUUGUUGCUGCUUCUGACGAGAAUCCUGAAGAUGAGUGAUAAUCGGUUCGCGGUGCACGCGUCUAAUUGUUACCCAUUGCUAUGCGAGGUUAUGUGCUUUGAUCUCAAGCCAGAAUUACGAUCUGUACUACGAAGAUUCUUUUUAAGAAUUGGUCCAGUAUUUAGGAUCACGCAGCAAUAAUUGCUGUAAUUAGGCGCUGUAAAGGAAAGAUGCGUUUUGGGCUGUUCUGCAAGGUAUAGAGUGAUUCUUAUAAGUGGAAUGGGUUAUAAUUAGGGAUAUGUGCAUUCCUAAUCAUAACUAUUUCCUAAAGAUAGAAAAUUUGUACAUGAUUUGAUGAAGUCCUUUUUUAUUACAAACAGGCAAAAGUAAAAUAUCAAAUGUAAUUUAGUAUUUGAAAUUUGUGUUUAGAAAUUGUAACUUAUUCUGUUCAUAAGAAUCUUCCUGGCGUACAAUUGUUUGAAGACAUUUCGUAUGAUAUGAGAAUCGAAACAGCGAGGUUAAAUACGACGCGUGAAUAGGAUAAAAUAAAACCGACAAACAGAAUGGAUCGUGUUAGUAAAAUAGUAGGAGAAAAACAUAUGUAUGUAUUAUGUAAGUUCCGAAUCUCCCUCCUUUGUAUUUAAUGUUCUUCAUUUUUUAUAAGGAAGAGGAGAGACUUCGAGUCGAUGUGCGUGUGCAGGGUAUUUAAUAAAUAGGGUAUUUUCUGGUCUUCGUAGGAUACGGAAGGCUAAAAUAUAAAUCCUCAAACUUCUAGCUAAAUUAUAAUUCUAUUUAAUGAUGGUUUAAAUUUACUUAAUCAUUCUGAACCUUGCUUUAUUGAUUAGGAGUGCAAAGGAUUUUAUUUUAGAUACAUUCAGAAUGUACCAUGUAUUGAAUGCAUGUAAAAAGGGAAGGUGUUUCCUCGUUCACAAGAAAUGUGCUAUUUAUCAAAUGUUUUGCAUACGUAUUUGAGCAUAAAUGCAUAUACAAAGUGUCUCUUGAAGUAUACUGUACCAUCCAUAAAUCAACCAAGCAAAGAAUAAGAUAAUUUGCAAUAUUUUUAUAGAAUUGAUUAGCUAUUUUGUAAUUCCUAAAUAAUUUGAGAACUGGUAGCAGAGCCCUCAAGGAUUACCUUAUCUUGAGGUUAGAUAUCUUAUUUGCAGUACAUUUUUUCAGACACUUUCUGUAUGUUAAAAUACUUAGGAAAUGAUGGUAUAAGCAAGAAAUGACAGAUACUUAAGAAACAAUAUUUUGUUAAAGGAUCAACCUUUAUUUUUUACAAGUAUAAUUACAAUUCAAAAUAAAUAUGUCUUACUAGAGAAUAGAUGCAGCACUUUGAUAGAUACAUGGAAUGUUUCCUAUCAGUUUUUAAAUAUAUCUAAUCACAAAGAUUUUAUCUUACAUUUUUACACAUUGUUUUUCGUCAGCCUAACUUAAAUAAAUAUAAAACGUAGGAUAUUGAAUAUUAAGAGAUAUACUAACUGAAAAAACAGAAAGAGUUUUAAGAAAUUGAACAUUUAGUACUACAAAGUUUCUUGUUUCCAGCUUGUACUAUUGUUUUUGAGAUAUAUAGUCUGUGUACAAAUGCGACACGCGUAUAGUCAUCACCAAGUAGUCAUAUAAAUAUCCAUCGUGGAUAGGUGUUCAGACAACGAGUGAUAGUUUCUAACUCGUUAGGGUUUUGAUUGUUAUACAUAGAACCAGUUUACGAUUAAGACAUGAGAAUCCCAUGGACAUAAUAAUACAUGUAUAUUCGCAUUGCAUAGAAUUAUUUAUGCUUAAGUUAGAUUAAUUAUUUACAUGAUGCAGCCUUAUUUAAAUAAAUUUUAGAGAAACAAGGA